AUGAUCCAAGAUAUUAUAAAAAAACCAAAAGGACAAUCACUUAUCACAAAAACACAUACUUGCCACAAUGAAGCUUUGAAUCGUACUAAAUUAUGUUAUCUUGAUAAAAAAAUCGAUUAUCCAAAAUCAUUUGCAUCAAGACAUGCUCUGGCUCUUUUGCAUAACAAUCUUGGUGAGCAACAAGCAUGGACCCAAUUACACAGCUCAUUAGAUGACAUUGCUCCUUUUUCAAUGCAAGACCUAUAUAAUAUAGAAAAAAUUUGUGAGCAACAUGAUUUUAAGAGAGAAGAAAAUAUCAAAAAUAUAAAUGUAAGAAAUACAAAAAAACAUGAUCAAUUAAAUCAAUUAAAGCAUGAUAUGUCAGGAUUUAAUUUUGACCAAGAUUUGAUUCCAUAUGGUCUUAGAUUGCAAGAGAAAUUAAAUAAUAAUGAAUUCCUUCCAUCAUUUCAUGAAUACAUUUAUAACUUUAAAUCCCUGAUCAAAUGCCAAAACUGUCAUUCUUUUCCUAAAUAUGAUACAAAUGGGUUAUGUAAAGUUUGUCACUUCUUUUUCUUGCAACAAAAACAUGAUAAAAUUUUCAAUAAAAAUUUCAUUAUUACCAAAUCUCCUUCAAAAUCAUCAACAUCUCCUUCUCUUUUGGCUCUCCAGAUUAUUUUUGAAUAUCAAAACUUUCAUGAGGGUCAACAGGAGGCUAUAGAAAGUUUUGUAAACAACAAAGAUACUUUAGUAUUAUUUCCAACUGGAAAAGGAAAGAGCUUAUGCUAUUCAAUUGGAUCUUUACUUAUAAAUG